AUGCCGAAAGAUUUUGAUUUGAUUUGUGACCUUAUCGAGGCGUUCAAAUCGAAGCCGUGCCUGUGGGAUAAGGCAAACCAUGAUUUUAAAAACUUGCAUGUGAAGCAGGCAGCUUACGAUGAGCUGCUCGUCGUCAUGCAGCAACAUGAACCGGCUGCAACAAUACAGUGUUUGAAGAAAAAAAUCAUGACAACAAAAAAGGGAUUCCACACAGAGAACGGAAAAGUUAUUAAAAGUGCACGUAGCGGAGCUGGAGCCCAUGAGGUUUAUGUACCAAAACUUUGGUACUACGAUCAUCUCACUUUCUUGCGUUCCAGCUCCGAAGCGCCUCGUAUGUCCAACAUGCAGAGCGACGAAGAGGAAGAGAUAAUCGAAGAGGAAAUAGUGGAAAUACUCAAUCAUGAAGAAUACAGCACCACAUCCGACAAUGUCCCGGGACCAACGCAAACUCGAAAGAGGAAGCAUGGAGAACCAGAGAAUGAGCGUACUUUGAGGAAAAAAGUGAUGCAGAUGGUGGAAGAAUGGUUAGAGAAUCGUCAACCUAGCAACCAAUUUAGCUCACAACCUCAAUCCCCAACGUUCGGAACAUUCGUGGACACGGAGAUCCGUAGUGUGCCGCCCCAUAUGCUUCCUUAUACAAAAAAACUUAUCAUGGAUGCGAUUUGGUUGGGUCAAACCAACAAUUUAAAUGAAACGUCUCGGAUUGAAAAAUCAGAUUAG